AUUCGAUGUAUUGUUCUAAAUUCUACCGAGUUUUCCACCGCUAGAUGCCCUUUCUGUUCGAAAACAAGCGGUCUUGUAAAAAACAGAAAAUUUCGAAAGAAAGAAAAAAAGAAAGGUUUUGAAGAAGUUGAUUAAUUCAAGCAUUAAAAAGUUUUUUUCUAUUGAAAUGAGCAAGCAUGGUUCCACGAAAGGCUCUUCCAAAACCCCAACAGCAAAGAAAUUAAAACUGGAAACAUCUGAUGAUGAACCAAGUAGUUCAAGAGCACCGUCAGUGGAUGCAGGGUUCCUGGCAUCGGUUGAAUCGAAAAGGAAACAAUGUGCUGGAAACAUUCUAGAAUUCAAAUUCAACAAGAAAAGGUGCCGCCUGCUCUCCAAGUCAAUGGACGUGGGAAAUUUCGGUGGAGGAGUUCUGUAUUGGAUGUCACGUGAACAAAGAGUACAAGACAAUUGGGCAUUAUUGUAUGCACAGCGUUUAGCUCUAAAAAUGAAACUUCCACUGCAUGUAUGCUUUUGCCUGGUACCUACUUUUCUUGGAGCCACAAUCAGACAAUUUGGUUUUAUGUUGAAAGGCUUAGAGGAAGUAGAGGCUGAAUGCCAGAAACUUCAGAUACAAUUUCAUUUACUUAAAGGAGAUUCUCAAACUUGUGUCCCAAACCUCAUAAAAAAGUUAAAAUUGGAUGCAGUUGUUGCUGAUUUCUCGCCUUUAAGAGUUCCUCUCUCAUGGAUAGACAAAGUUAAAGAAAGCAUUCCUGAAGAUGUUCCAUUUUGCCAGAUUGAUGCGCAUAAUAUCGUCCCUGUAUGGGUGGCCUCUGACAAACAAGAAAUCGGAGCACGGACGAUUAGGAAAAAGAUUCAUGAUAAAUUAGAUGAAUUUUUAACUGAUUUUCCUCCGGUUGUUACACACCCUCAUCAAUCCCAAACAAAAGCAAAACCUGUGGACUGGAAAGCAGCAAAUGCUUAUUUGGAAGUGGACCGUACGGUAGAAGAAGUCGACUGGAUUACUCCGGGAACGAAGAGCGGCCUGGUUGAGUUGUCAAAUUUUUGCCAAAAGCGUUUAAAACUUUUUGGAGAAAAGCGAAAUGACCCGAACGUAGCAGCUUUGAGUAAUUUAUCUCCUUGGCUACAUUUUGGUCAGUUGUCUGCCCAGCGUUGCAUUUUGGAGGUCAAGGAAUAUAAGGCCAAGUAUGCUAAAAGCGUAGAUGUUUAUAUUGAAGAAACGCUUAUCCGACGCGAACUGUCGGACAAUUUUUGCUUCUACAAUCCUAAUUACGAUAAUUUGAAAGGCGCCGCGAAUUGGGCACAGGAAACCUUGGAUGUGCACAAGAAAGAUAAACGGCCCGCGCUACUUACCUCUAAGGAGUUGGAAGAAGGCAAAACCCAUGACGAUCUCUGGAACGCGUCUCAAAUACAGUUGACGCGAACUGGCAAAAUGCAUGGUUUUCUCAGAAUGUACUGGGCCAAAAAAAUAUUGGAAUGGACGGAGACACCCGAAGAAGCUCUAAGACUUGCCAUAUAUCUGAACGACAGAUAUAGUUUAGAUGGAAGAGACCCUAGUGGUUAUGUUGGUUGUAUGUGGUCGAUUUGUGGUAUUCACGACAUGGGCUGGAAGGAAAGGGAUGUGUUUGGUAAAAUCCGUUACAUGAACUACAAAGGCUGUCAGCGGAAAUUUGAUGUUGUGGCGUUCGUUCAACGUUUCGGUGCAAGAACAUAUCCCAUUAAAGGUGUGAAGUAUCAGUAGGUGC